AUGAGUCCUACUGUCUUGAGCUCGCCCAUUGCUGACUUCGCUAGUAGCACGAGUGAACAAAAGCCAAAACUGCAACAGGAUGAACCACUUGACAUACAUAGGGACGUCAUUCCUGACGAAUUGCAGCAUAAAACCCAAGAGAAGAACCACAUUGUGAACUGUGAAUUAACUCCAUCAUCUCAAUUCAAGCAAGAUCAAAGGAAUGUACCAUGUACGAAUUCCAAUGAGUUUUUCAAAGAGUUGGCACUUCUGACACCAGACGAGUAUGAAGAUUCAGAGCUUGAUGGUGAGUUUCAGCACAUAGUGCAUAUUUUAAUCCCAUCCAAUGCUACAACUGCAUUGCUCGACCGCCGUGGUCAGCCAAUCCAGCGUAUUAGUCAGCAAACCGGAUGUACACUAUCUGUACGUAAACCAGAGGCCUCACUAUUCAAGGAUGACCGUUUGCUUCGUAUGUACGGAAAAGCCAGGUGUAUCUGCUUAGCUCAACGACUUGUCAUUGCAUACAUUCGAGCAUUUCGAGCGGAGAAAAAAGACCCGAUUUAUAUGGACCUGUCGGAAGUAACUCCACCUGUUAAACUAUCUGCUGCAUCUAUCACAAAAGCCAUAAGCGUUGCUGUUACUGCCGUAAAGAAGAAUGAGGUGGAGACUACAAACUCGUUUCACUGGAUGGUACGGCGUGACGAUGUUGGCAAAAUAAUGGGAAAGCAAGGAUGCAUUUUAGCAUCAAUUCGUCGUGACACUGGCGCCACAAUCCGUAUCGAUAACGACGUCGUUCCUGGCACCACGGAGCGACGAGUGACUUUCAGUGGGUCUGUGGAAUCUAUCGUUGCUGCGGUGGAAAAGAUUAAAAGUAGGUCUCGCGGACAUCCUGAAGUGGCAGCAAGCGUGGUGAACGAUAAACAUGGACAGUAUUUUGCCAUUCCGUACCACGCUGCAGGAUAUCUCAUUGGUGUGCAAGGCUCUACAAUCAAAAACAUUACCGAGCGCACAGGCGCACGCCUACAAUUUCCUUCGGCAGAAGACUUGCCCUUGGGUAGUAUAAACCGUAUUUUCCAUGUUCAAGGCACUCUAAAACAGGCUGAGCACGCUCGACGAAUCGUUAGUGCUAAACUGCGAGACUUUCUGGCCUCUUCGAAGAGCCCAAAAAGUUUGAGUCUUUUCUCAACUGGCCUAAAAGGCGACAAAGUUACAAUCAAGGUUCUCCUGCCGUCUAAAGUUUGUGGGUCUUUGCUAGACCGUCGAGGCCAGCUUAUCCGUGAGAUAUCCAAGAAGUCUGGUGCCCACACACACUUCUUGGCGGCACAUGACGACGGUAACCGGGAGACGCCAUUUCUUCAAAGCGGGCAGCUCCACCCCGAAAGCGAAAUCGUAGACAACGAGAUGAAAUCGAAAACAACAAAGUGCGUGAUAAAGUGGGGGGGCAUGGAAGACGAGGAACACAAGGAUGACGUGGAAGAAGGGAACUAUGUCAAUGGCGAGUGUGAAGAUGCUCUUGGACACCCUGUCAGACGGAGAAAUGCACGUCGACAGCCAAAUUGCCCUCUUCGACUCGACGACAAAGAGGACGAAGCAAACCUGUACAUAUAUGACGAUUGA